AUGGCGACCCCGCACCACGAGACGUUUGUGUCUGAUGAGCCCUUCACGGGCCUCAAGCUCGAGCUCAACAACGAACUGGAAGUAGCCGAGACUGCAACGACGCGCAAGCUGCUGCAGGCCAAGGCACCGCACAAGCAGUACUUGCUUGGGCAGCCACGCGUGCGCCUCGACGGCGCCGGCCAGCACCACGACCGCGCGAAGGACCAUUUGCUCGCCUACCUCCGAAAACUCCACAAGACGGACAGGCUCGACGCCAUCCUCCCCUUCAUGCGCUACAUCUUCGUCCAGACGCCCCUGCACAACCACAUCAUGCCGCUGCACCACCAAAAGGCCCACGCCCGCGAGAUCGUCGUCAACGAGUACCCCGGCCUGCACCUCCUAUGGUACUACGAGCGCAUCUUCAUCAAACCCGUCCCCGUCUACUGCUACACACGCGCCUUCUGGGACUACAUCCGGGACGCCGACGAGGACGUCCGCAAGGCCGCCCUCGGCUUCAUGCGCAGCUACUACCACCUGAUCCAGUUCGAGAUCGACUUCGAGGAGGCGUGCAAGCGGGGUCUGAUCCCCAAGAAGAGGACGGGCGGCCCGUACCCUACGUGGGAGGAGUGGUGCGACUUCAUCGAGCCCUUUGGCCACAUAAGCGAUGCCGAGGUCAACCGCCGCUUCCACUACGGCGAGCUUCGCCUGUCGCGCAUCAACCGCACCGCCAUGCUCUUCAAGGCCAGCCUAGCCUACCACCACAUCUACCCCCAGUGGGGGUCGUUCCUGGCCCACAUCCUGGCCCCCGUCAUCACCGUAUUCGCCGUCUGCUCCGUCGUCCUCAACUCGAUGCAGGUCAGCCUGGCCGCCCUCGGCAUGGGCGCCUUCGACCAGGACAACGGCUGGCCCGCAUUCGUCAGCGCCUCCAUAUACUUCCCCGUCAUUGUUAUUAUCCUCAUUGCCAUCGUCCUCCUCGUGUCCUCUCUUGGCAUCUUGGCCAUGGGAGUGGGCGAUUUCGUAAGGGCAAAUACCAUCCGCAAGGAGAAGAAGCAAGGAAACAUGGACCACAAUAAGUGGAGCCACGGCAUGGUCUUGGCCUAA